UAGGAAGAAUAUCUGCUGAGCGGGAAGCAGUAUUUAUGUCAGUCACGCGCAAUCUCGUUGUCCUCUCGUUCAUCCUUUUUACAGGAAGUAGCACACAGUACCCGUGAUCAUUAAUCUGCCAUCAUGGGGGCCUACAAGUAUAUGCAGGAGAUGUACCGCAAGAAGCAGAGUGAUGUGCUGAGAUUCCUGCUGCGUGUGAGAUGUUGGCAGUACCGCCAGCUCUCCGCCAUUCACCGUGCUCCUCGCCCCACCAGACCCGACAAGGCAAGAAGGCUUGGGUACAGGGCCAAGCAAGGCUAUGUUAUCUACCGUGUACGAGUCCGCCGUGGUGGCCGCAAGCGCCCAGUGCCCAAGGGAUGUACCUAUGGCAAACCCGUCACCCAUGGUGUCAACCAGCUCAAGUUUGCACGAUCUCUCAGAAGUGUUGCUGAGGAGCGUGUUGGUCGCAAGUGUGGAGGACUCAGGGUGUUGAACUCAUACUGGGUGGCAGAAGACUCCACAUACAAGUUCUUCGAGGUGAUCUUGGUUGACCCAGCCAACAAAACAAUCCGUCGCGAUCCCGAAAGCAACUGGCUGUGUCGUGCUGUUCACAAGCACCGCGAGCUGCGUGGACUCACUUCUGCUGGGCGUUCUUCACUCGUGGUCUAGGAAAGGGACACAAGUUCACCAAGACAAAUGGUGGCUCUCGUCGUGCUUACAUGAUCAAGCACAAUUCACUCAGUCUUCGCAGAAAGCGUAAAUUUUUUCAUCGGCUUGUAUGUCAUCUACAGUCGACAAUAAAAAAAUGCUCUGCCAAA